AUGUUCUUCACCGCAGCGACUGUGUUCUCCCUGCUCCUUGCGCCCUGCGCGGUGCUCGGAGACACCAUUGCCUACAAGGGUGCCGACAUCUCAUCCUUGCUGAUGCUCGAGGCCAAGGGUCAGACGUACAAGAACACUGCAGGUGUGACGACUCCUUUGGAGAAGAUCCUUGCUGCCUCUGGCGUCAACUCCGUCCGCCAGAGGAUCUGGGUCAACCCGUCAGAUGGCAACUACAACCUGGACUACAACCUCAAGCUGUCCAAGCGCGUCAAGGCCGCGGGCAUGGGCGUCUACCUCGACCUCCACCUUUCCGACACUUGGGCCGAUCCCGCGCACCAGACCACCCCCGCCGCCUGGGACGACUCCACCAUCGGCGCCCUGACCAACACGGUCUACCAGUACACCAAGUCCGUCUCCAACUCGUACGCAAGCGCAGGCAUCACGCCGCAGAUCAUCUCGAUCGGCAACGAGAUCCGAGCGGGCCUGCUGUGGCCGCUGGGCGGCACCUCGUCCUACUACAACAUCGCCGCGCUCCUCCACUCGGCGGCGUGGGGCAUCAAGGACAGCAACCUGUCGCCCAAGCCCAAGAUCAUGAUCCACCUCGACAACGGGUGGGACUCUGCCACGCAGCUGUGGUGGUACGGCGAGAUCCUGGGCCAAGGCCCGCUGCUGACCAGCGACUUCGACAUGAUGGGCGUGUCGUACUACCCCUUCUACAACAAGGAGGCCUACCUCGGCUCGCUCAAGUACUCGCUGCAGCAGCUCGCCUCCAAGUACGGCAAGCAGCUCGUCGUCGCCGAGACCAACUGGCCCGCCAGCUGCCCCAACCCGGCCUACGCUUUCCCUACCGACACCGACUACGUCCCCAAGAGCGCCGCCGGCCAGGCCACCUGGAUCAAGGACGUUGGUGCUAUCGUCAAGGGCGUCAGCGGUGGUGUCGGUCUGUACUACUGGGAGCCCGCCUGGCUCGGCAACGGCGCCCUCGGCUCCAGCUGCCCGGAUAACCUGCUCGUCGACAGCUCCGGCAAGGCUAGGGCCGGCAUUGCUGCUAUUGGUGCGCUCUAA